UCCGUAAUCGUUUUUUUCUAGAUUAUCCUUGCGUUUCCAUCUCGAUUUUGCUUUUCAUGGAUCUAUCAUUAGUCUUUAGGAUCUUUAGCUAGAAUUUUUUUUGUUUUGUUUUUUCAUAAGAAUUCAAAUCAGGUUUUUGUGUGCGUGUGUGUGUGUUUGUAAAUCCGUAAUCGGUAUCCAGCUGCAGCUUCAGCGUCUGACAGUUGUGGAUUUGAUUUGGUUUGGUUCUAUUCCUUUAUUUGGGGGUGGGAGUUCGAAUGUCUAAAUUGUUGCGGAAGUGCUUUUGAUUAGAAACGAGAUGAGUUACACGAGCACCGACGACAGUGACCAGAAUGAGUCACCAGCUGCUGCUGAUGAUAAUGGAAGUGACUGUAGAAGUAGAUGGGAAGGAAGUGGUUUGAAGAAAGGCCCAUGGAGUUCUGCUGAAGAUGAUAUCCUUAUUGACUAUGUGAAUAAGCAUGGUGAAGGUAACUGGAAUGCUGUGCAGAAACACACUGGUCUGUUCCGUUGUGGUAAAAGUUGUCGCCUAAGGUGGGCUAAUCAUCUGAGGCCAAACUUGAAGAAAGGAGCCUUUAGCCAAGAAGAAGAACAGCUCAUUGUUGAAUUGCAUGCCAAGAUGGGAAAUAGAUGGGCACGUAUGGCUGCGCAUUUGCCUGGCCGAACGGAUAACGAGAUUAAGAACUACUGGAACACUCGCAUCAAGAGGCGACAGCGAGCUGGUUUACCACUUUAUCCUCCUGAAAUGCAUGUUGAGGUACUUGAGUGGAGUCAAGAGUAUGCCAAGAGUAGAAUUAUGGGAGAAGAUACAAGACAUUCAGAUUUUUUGCAGCUGGGGAGUUGUCAAUCUAAUUUCUUCUUUGACAAUCUUAAUUUUGUUACCGACAUUGUACCUGGUGCUAGUUCUGACCUAGCAGAUACGACUGGCUACAAAAAUCUGGGUAAUGCUGCAAGUUCUACUCGAUAUGGAAACUUCAUGACACCAAUAAUGACCUCCUCGAAGCGACUUUGGGAAUCUGAAUUGUUGUAUCCUGGGUGUAGCAGUACCAUCAAGCAAGAAUUCCCUUCGCCUGAACAAUUCCAGAACACAUAUCCUCAAAAGGUUUCCAAAACCUGCAGUUUCUCAGUUCCUUGUGAUGUUGACCAUCCUCUCUUCGGAAACCAACAUUCACCUGUUAUGAUUCCAGAUAGCCAUACCCCUACGGAUGGCAUUGUUCCUUCUUCUAAGCCCUCAUAUGGGGAAGUGAAGCUGGAGCUCCCUUCAUUCCAAUAUUCAGAAGCAACAUUUGACCAGUGGAAGAAAUCGUCAUCUCCUCCACACUCUGAUCUCCUUGAUCCCUUUGAUGCUUAUAUUCAGUCUCCACCACCACUAACUGGGAGAGAAGAGUCAGACUAUUUUUCAAAUUGUGAUACUGGUCUACUUGAUAUGUUACUUCUGGAGGCCAAGAUCAGAAAUAAUACUACAAAGAACAGUUUGUACAAGAGCUGCGCUUCAACUAUUCCAUCAGCUGAUCUAGGCGAGGUUACCGUGUCCCAAACUAAAUCCGAGGAGUUUGACAAUUCCCUUAAGAGUUUGGUCCGUUCCGAGAUUUCCACACAACAAUAUGCAGAUGAAAUUUCACUAAGGCAGAGAGGAAAAAAGCGAAAACCUCUCUUGGAUAUAACACGGCCUGACGUUUUGCUUGCAUCGAGCUGGCUCGACCAUGGUUUGGGGAUUGUAAAGGAGACAGGUAGCAUGAGCGACGCACUCGGGGUUCUCCUCGGCGAUGACAUAGGAAAUGACAAUAUGCAUACGAAUGUUGGGGCAUCCUCAGGAGUUGGGUCUUGUUCUUGGAGCAACAUGCCUCCUGUCUGUCAAAUGACGGAACUACCUUAACGAGCCCGGGAAAUCUUCCACUCCGUUGGUUGUGGAUUGGAUUAGAGGCCGCUCAAUAUUUGUCAAUUCUGGUGGACUAGCAACUGCCUAUGCAAGAAUAAUGUCUUUUUCUUUGAGCCCUUUGAACACAGCCGAUACUUUGUUAGCUUCUGUACCAAUAACCAUAUCACGAUUCAUCAGGAGGAUGAAGUGGUUGAUUUUGUAGAACCUAAGGACUUCGAUAUACAUACAGUUUGAUUUGAUUGAAUGUUUAAAACCGAUUUUUUUCCAUUAA